UCAAAAGAGUCGCGCUACUGUAUAUACCGUGCCUCCGCGACGACGGGACAGACGGGAGCGUCGUUACGCGUCGAAGACGGAACACGCUCGGGAAGAGUGGAAAGGGGGUGAAAGGGGGACGGACCAAUGUUGUAACGUACGUGCCAAAAUGGAAGAGCCAAGCAUUCACAGUAUCGGCGAUAUAAAUAGUGCGGAGACAACGAAAAACUAUAUAAUACCACGUAAGAAGAGAAUAUGUUUAGUUGGUGCAGCUUGCAAUGAUCCUGCACUUAAUGCUGCUGCUCAGCAGUUUAAAGUCCCUGUAUUUAAAUCUGAAACUGGCACAGAAUAUAUUGAAGAUACCACCUAUCAUACUUACUUCGUACUCAAACAAUUCGAAGGAUCUGAAUAUUAUACUUUGUGCAAAUCUCCUCAUAGAAUACUGGGAUCUACAGCUUUGUUACAACUGGCAGAGAAAAAAGAAUCUUUGCCUAGUAUUAAGAGACCAUUGUUCACACAAGCUAUGAUAGGUAAAGUAGUGGUGUUUAGCGGCUUUCGAGCUAAGGAGGAUGAACUGCGCAAGUUAGCUAAUAUGGUUCUUCUGAUGGGCGGUAGCAUUCGAAAAGAGAUGGGUACUAAAGUGACGCAUCUUAUUGCAAACCAUUGCAGCGGAGAGAAGUAUAGAUACGCUGAUAUAUUUGAAGUACCUAUUAUGUCAGCAGAAUGGUUAACAGCAUUAUGGAAUGCCAAAGACGAUGUCUCUAGUUAUGCAGAUAGUGAGGAAUUAAUGGCAACUUAUAAAUUGAAACCAUUUUAUGGAGCAAAAGUAUGUUUCUUUGGUUUUCACGAAGAAGAAAAAAAACAUAUGUGUGAAAUUUUGGAGCAACAAGGUGGUGAAUCUACUGAAAUUAAUGAUCCAAAUUGUACUCAUGUCGUGAUAGAUGUACCUGGCUCUUACUACAAGAAAUCUAAUGCAAAAUUAUAUCUUAAAAAUUCAUCCAAUCAGAAUCCACUUUCCUUAAUGUAUUUUAAAUCAAUUUCUUCUUCUCUUUAUAAUCCUAAUUUAAAUACGAUUUCUAAUAUAAUGAAAACUAGUAAUUGUGAUAACAGUAACAUAUCAGUCAACAUUGAUGAUACAAAUUCUAUAAAAACUCAGGAUAGUGGUUAUUCCUCAUCAAAGAAUAUUUCAUCUAUUGUACAUACGCAUGAUGUAAAAUGCAAUAUAUGGAACGAUAUUGUUUCUAGUAACAUCAGUCAAGAUUCUGCUAUUAGUAUGAGUGAUCAUUGUUCUGAAGAAAAUAUUAAAUCUGGCAAUAUAUUUCAUCUCUUUGAGUUAAAUGAUUCUGAUGUAGACAUAACAAAAUCAUCUAAUUUCUCUACAUUUUCUAUGUCGAAUAAAUGUUCUAUUCCAGCAACAUCAACAAUGAUAAGCAACAAAAACAUUAAAUUCAAUAUUUCUGAAGAUUCUUUACUUAAUGACGAACAUUCUCUAUGUGAAAACGUAUCAAAUCUUGCAGCAAAUUCAAAUGAUUUAAAAAUGUCUACAUCUUAUGAAAAGAAUAAUGAACACAUAGUUUGUACAUCACCAACAAAUAAUAAUGCACUAUCUUUAAAAUAUCAUAAGAAUAUUCAUUACAUACGAAAUAAUACUUCAAAAGCUAAAAUAACUCCCAAACGAUAUAUAAAAUGGAGAAAAACUAAUUCUUGCACAUCUGUUCAUAAAAUGACAACACAUGAAAAAUAUAAAUUUGUGAAAACAAACUCGUACCCAAAUAUAUUAAAAUAUGGCCAGGAACAAUAUAACGAUACAUUUUUAUAUAAAUUAGAUGAGAGAAAGCAUUUGUCUAAAUCACACACAUCAAUUUUUUCGAAAAUAAGUCAUUUCAAUUUCUGUCCAACAUUUUUUGAUAAUGAACAAGACACUUUGACUAAUUCUCAUUAUUCUCCUCCUGAAAAAAACCUCUUUAAAAAAAAAUAUACAUCCUUGUCCAAAUCUCUUCCAAUAUCUACAAAGAUUUCAAACACUAAACAUAACUCAAGAAACACUUAUAAUUUUAAUGGAAAAAGUUGCGGUGUACAGUCUACAUCACAUGACAUAAAAACAAAAUGCACAGAUUUCAAGACUCAGAAGGAUAAAGCAUUCGUGGUAGUAGAUGAAGCCAAUGUAAAUGUACUACCAAAUCUGGCUUCAGUGUCAGCUUUCAUAGUCAAAACUGGAUGGUUUUGGGUAUCUGUACAGAAUGAGGCAGCAGCAGAUGAGAAAGAAUAUUUAUUUGAACAUUAUCUAGAAACAGCUUUAUCGCCUACUGCAUCUAAUAGGAGAAACAGUCAACAGAUAGUGGCAUCAAAUAUAACAUUAUCAAAGCAUCCGUGUUGGUUGGGUGGCCCAUUAGCUAAUAUAUUACAAAAUGGAGCGGACUCACCAGCUAGUGUCAGUGGAAGUUUUCUCGACUGCACGGCGAGUCCAGAUAAACAGUUGUUGGAUGGUAUUCCAGAGGUAGAAACUGUCGAUACAGAAAAUUUACCAAAUGUUAGAGAAAAUUUAUCAAAGCGUCAUCAAGUAUUUCUUGAAUUAGUAGAGACCGAAGCCAAUUAUGUUGGUAUUCUCAAUACAAUUAUGAUGCUAUUCAAAUUACCAUUGGAAAAUCUUGUAGGGAAAAGUGGAAAAGAAUUAUUAAAUAGCACAGAAGUAAAAAUUAUAUUUGGUAAUUUCCCACCCAUUUAUGACGUUCAUAAGCAGUUAUUGGAAGCCCUACGUUGCAGUGCCACUAAUUGGACAGAAGAUAUUAGUAUUGGCAAAAUAUUUUUGAAAUAUGAACUAGAUUUGGUUAAAGCAUAUCCUCCAUAUGUCAACUUCUUUGAAAACACAAAACAGAUGUUGGAAGAAUGCGAUCAAAACAAACCACGAUUUCAUGCUUUUUUGAAAAAUUGUCAGACAAUACCAGAAUGUGGUAGACAAAGCUUAAAAGAGCUGUUAAUUAAACCAAUACAAAGAUUACCCAGUAUUAAUCUAUUAUUAAGUGAUAUUCUUAAACAUACUGACAAAAGUAAUCCAGACUAUAGUGCUCUAGAAGCUUCCAUUAAUUGUAUUAAGAAAGUUAUGACAUAUAUAAACGAAGAUAAAAGGAAAACAGAACGCCAGUUAGCAAUGUUUGAUAUUUUCAAUGAAAUUGAUAAUUGUCCGCCGCAUUUAGUUUCUUCACAUAGAUCAUUUAUCAAUAAGUGUGAUGUAAUGGAAGUUACAGAAGGUCUUAGCGGACGGGGCGAUCAUUUAGUAUUGUUUCUAUUUACUGAUACUCUUGAAAUAUGUAAGAAAAGAUCAAAGGCUUUUAAUUCAUUAAAAAGUCCUAACACUAUAAAUGGUUUGCAAUCGAGUAAAUUAAAUCAAGGAAAACUAUAUAAGCAUAUCAAAAUGUUAUCACUCAGCACUAUACGAAAAGUUGUAGACAUACGAGAAACUGAAGGAUAUCACAAACUAUUUGCACUCGUAGUACGUGGCACUCAGGAAUUAAAGGAAAAAUUCUUUUCGUUUAUAAUUACUGACGAAGAAAUAAAUAAAACAAAUUAUUUACAGAUUUUAUGUAGACAAAUGGCUCUUGCUGUCCGUGUAGCUGAUGCUGAUACAUUACUUAUUAGAUACGAUUCGCAUCAACUCGAAGUCGGUACUGGUGAUGUAGCAUCAGGAACAUUAAAAAAAACAAUUAAGAGCCUAUUUCAUAAUUUUUACCUGGAGUAUAUGGACCCGUAUGUGUUCCUACUCAAUAGCAUGUGUGAAACCACGUUACAUGUCCCACUACCGUUUGCAUCUCGUACAAGAGCGCGAGUUGGCCGAGCGUUUAGUUUCAAUAAAACACCAAGCAAAUUAAAUAGAGCGAUGUCCACAAUUAUGUCGCCAUUUGGAUCAACACAGAGUCUUCCUCCGACAAACCAACAAAUGGCUCAGAUGCGGCUAGGUAGCUGCAACAAUAUCAGCGAGUUGGAUAAUGGUGGUUCAAGUUCUCCAAAUAAAGAUGAUGUUCUAGUAGCACCAAUGUCGGAUCAACCGACUCGAAAAGCUCUCAGUAUGGCUUCACUGCGAAGGUUGUAAUUAGUAUGCAUAAGAAAUCGUACUUUCUUUUGCUACAAAAUACAUUUCUAGUAUUCUAAAUAAAGAGACGUGCAUUUUUAACAAACCACUGUGGUAUGUUAAACCAAUAUAGAUCGUCGUAUUGAUACUAUACAACUAACAAAAAGAGCCUGAAAACCAUAAUAUUUAUAUACAUACAGUGUUCUGUUCAAAAUAAUUACAAUUAUUUAAUUUUUAUAGCAAAGUUUAGUACGAUUUCCUGAAUAAUGCUUUAUCCCCGAAUACAUCAUAUGAAAAUGAUAUUAUUGUUAUUAGUGCCAAUAAUGCCUAGUUAUUAUUGUUAUAUUACUAUAAUUAAUAUCUUUAUUUAUUUUAUGUAUUAUUUUGUAAUUAUUGUAUAUGCCCCUUUUCUUCCGCACUUACUUGCCGAUAAGAUAACGGACUAUCACCUUUUAUAUAAAUAUAGUUCGCUUUUUACCGAGCCAGUUUAAUUAUUCUAAGAGAUAUAUCGUCAAAUUACACUGAUUCGGGGAUAUUUAUUUACGAAUUUCCCAACAAAUUUUAUUAUUCUAAUGACAAACAGAGUCAAACUUAUCAAUAGACUGCAGAUAUGUGCAACAAUUUCAUAAUAAAAAUAUCAAUAGUUCAUAAAAAAUAGCAUUAAAUAAUCGUCUCGUUAAUGAACAUAUCUCGUUGUACUCACGCAGUUUUGAUGCAAAAAUUUGAAAGUAUUUCGUUUAAUAAUGGAUUAGACAAAUAUGUUAACAUUUAAUCAUAGCAUAAAAUACAAAUUUCGUAUCUAACUAAUAAAAAUAAUAAUACUUGCUUCUCUUUUAUGUAUUUCAGGCAUCAAAAAAUCUUGUGCAAUUUCAAUAUUUCACUCAUUUUUUAAUUUCCGUUUUUCUAUUUAUUAGAAUUUGUUUAGCGGGAGUCAUACAAAGGAGAUCUGAUCAUUGAACUAUAAAAAUUUAAUGCGCGAUUUCAUUUUACAUCUAUUGUUUAUCGCGAAUAUUCGAUAAUAUAGGCUUUUUUUUAAAUUUCUAAAUCUUAUAUUUAGAAACUUCUAAAUCUUAUCUAGAUUUUUCAAAGAAAAUUAAAUUUAAAACAAUGUACAAGAUGUACUCAUAAGAUAUUCAAAAGUUCGAAAUGAAAAAAAAAACAUUAUUCUAAGUAAUCCAAUAUUCUCCAUUCUAAUGUGCCAAUAUAGUAAUGUAUACCUAAUAAUAAAAAUGUAUAUCGCCUACUGUUAUGAAUUUAAUAGGCUUGCUCAGGAUAAUAUUGUAUUCAAUAUGACUUAUACGAUUUAAAUUUUUGGAAUUUACAGAAAUGAUUUAUAUAAAAUCUUAUCGUUCUCUAAGAGAACAGUGAAAACUUAAAAUUCGAUAAUUUGAUAACGCUUAAAAAUGAGGAUAGAUUUCAUAUUUCAUGAAAUUCAUAUCUCUUAAAUAUUUGUAUGGUUUUAUACCUUUAUACGAGUCUGCACGAUUCACACUUCAUAUAAGGAAACAAACAAUUGCCAAUGUUAAAAAUAUUGAAAUUAAGGAAACGAAGUAAAUGAUUUUUUCGAAUAGUUAAUUACAUAAUAAUAUGA